GUGGUCCAGAAGACGUGCUACGCUUCCGCCUUACAAGUUGUGUUCGGUUUUGAUUGGAAGUGGUGUUGAUCCUUCUCCUGAAAAUGCUCUUCUGAAAGAUGAUAUAAUGAUGUAAUUUUACUUUCAAACAUUCCCCCAAUCCUGCGCUGAAGCGAAGACCUGCCAUCGACAAACCGGAUCACAACGUUGAGUGUUGAACCCAACAUUACCCUGUCACUUUACCUGCUCAUCUGUCAGGGCUUGCUGGGGCAUGGAUGAUGGAUUUUCUUUAUGAUUUACUUCAAUGCCUUGUUGCACUGGCAGCGAUUGCGGUCAUAUUAGUGUUGGUGCUAGCCCACGUCACGGCCACCGUCGUGGAUCUGACUCGACACGAGAAGGAGAAAAGCUUCCCCACGGCCCCGGAUUGGAAAGAGCUCCUUCCCAGCAUCCACGACCCGGCCUCCAAGGAGCUGUCAGUCAUCGUCCCGGCGUACAAUGAGGAGCUCCGAAUGCCAUCGAUGCUGGAAGAAGCCAUGGAUUACCUGGAGAAAAGACGGAAACGACAGCCUUCCUUCACCUAUGAGGUCCUGGUGGUGGAUGAUGGCAGCUCCGACAGGACCUCAGAGGUUGCAUUCCAGUACACAAACAAGUUUGGUGCGGACAAAGUGCGUGUUCUGACCCUGGUGAAAAACAGGGGCAAAGGAGGAGCAGUCCGAAUGGGAGCCAUGAGCUGCAGGGGCCGCUUGAUCCUCAUGGCGGACGCAGACGGGGCCACCAAGUUUGCGGACUAUGAGAAACUAGAGGUGGCUCUCGAAGCCAUCAGCCCCAAACCAGACAACAUGGCCAUCACCUGUGGUUCUCGAGCCCAUCUGGAGCAGGACUCUGUGGCUGAGCGGUCCAUGUUUCGUACCUUCCUGAUGUACGGCUUCCACUUCCUGGUCUGGUUCUUCUGUGUCCGAGGAAUCAAAGACACGCAGUGUGGCUUCAAGCUCUUCACGCGAGAGGCCGCCCUCAAAACCUUCUCCCUGCUCCACGUGGAGCGCUGGGCUUUUGACGUGGAGCUCUUGUACAUCGCUCAGUGCUUUAAGAUCCCCAUCGGGGAGGUGGCGGUGAACUGGACCGAGAUAGAAGGCUCCAAGCUGGUUCCAGUGUUGAGUUGGCUGCAGAUGGGACGCGACCUGGUGUUCAUCCGGCUGCGUUACCUCACAGGAGUCUGGAGGCUGGACUCUCCCCGGAAGACGGACUAGCCAAUCAGACGAGCCCUCGCAUCCAGCGGCAGCCUUCGAUAGGCCAAUCAGAACUCGCGAUUUGGGUGGGAUUUGCCAACGCUUUUGUUCCCCUCCGUGUGUUCUGGAUGUUGUCCUCGUGAACGACGCGAUCUAGAGUUCCACUGGGGCCUGAUCGUUCCCAUGGCGAUGGCUUGCGGUGGCCACGGUUACGUGCACACUGGUGUUGCCUCUAUGUCUCUGACCGUCUUACUGGGUCAGUUAUGGUUUUUUUCGCUGCUGUAAAUAAUGAAUCUGUUGAUUGUCUUUCAAUUAAAAAAAAAAUUGGCAUAUGAGAUGAACAUUCUGUUUUGUAGUGAAAAGGUUUACUGGGGAUACUGAGGCAGUGAGUGGUCGGACAAAAGCACUUGAACCCAAAUAAAGAAACCUAUUUCGUU